AUGUCUCUGCCACCGCUGCUGCUGUCGCUGCUGCUGCUGCUGCUGCUGCUGCUGCUGCUGAAGGUGGAGCCCGCUAGGGCCACGCUGAUCCGGAUCCCUCUUCGCCGAGUCCAGCCUGGAAGCAGGACCUUGAGCUCACUGAGGGGAUGGAGAGAGCCAGCAGAGGCCCCCAGCUUGGGGCCCCCAUCCCCUGGGGACAAGCCCAGCUUUGUGCCUCUCUCUAACUACAUGAAUGUCCAGUAUUUUGGGGAAAUUGGGCUGGGGACGCCUCCACAAAACUUCUCUGUCGUCUUUGACACUGGCUCCUCCAAUCUCUGGGUCCCGUCCAGGAGAUGCCAUUUCUUCAGUGUGCCCUGCUGGUUUCACCACCGCUUUGAUUCCAAAGCUUCCAGCUCCUUCCGGCCCAAUGGAACCAAGUUUGACAUUCAAUAUGGAUCUGGGAGGCUAGACGGAAUCCUGAGUGAGGACAAGCUGACUAUUGGGGGAAUCAAGGGUGUAUCAGUGAUUUUCGGGGAGGCUCUGUGGGAGCCCAGCCUGUCCUUCACUUUUGCUCACUUCGACGGGAUAUUGGGCCUCGGUUUUCCCAUUCUGGCUGUGGAAGGAGUUCUGCCCCCGCUGGAUAUGAUGGUGGAACAGGGGCUACUGGAUAACCCUGUCUUCUCCUUUUACCUCAACAGGGACCCUGAAGUGACUGAUGGAGGAGAGCUGGUCCUGGGGGGUUCAGACCCCACACACUACAUCCCACCCCUCACCUUUGUGCCAGUCACAGUCCCCGCCUACUGGCAGAUCCACAUGGAGCGUGUGAAGGUGGGCACAGGGCUGACUCUCUGUGCCCAAGGCUGUGCUGCCAUCUUGGACACAGGAACAUCCCUCAUCACAGGACCUACGGAGGAGAUCCAAGCCCUGCAUGCAGCCAUUGGGGGAAUUCCCCUGCUGGCUGGGGAGUACCUCAUCCAGUGCUCAGAAAUCCCAAAGCUCCCCCAAGUCUCCCUCCUCCUUGGGGGGGUCUGGUUUAACCUCACGGCCCAGGAUUACGUCAUCCAGAUUGCUCGAGGUGGCAUCCACUUCUGCGUGUCCGGCUUCCAGGCCUUGGACAUGCCUCCGCCUGCAGAGCCCUGCUGGAUCCUCGGCGACGUCUUCUUGGGGUCCUACGUGGCUGUCUUCGACCGCGGGGACCUGAACAGCGGUGCCCGCGUGGGCCUGGCGCGCGCUCGUCCUCGCGGAGCGUGA